AUGUGCGCCGGGAGCACAACACAGGCUAUUCGAAGCUCAUUCGCUGGCCGGGAAGCCGAGUUGUCACUAGAAGAGCAGCUGUUCGCAGUUGAUGCGAUGCCGCGAGGUAUUAGGGUAAGCAAGAUAAGCAAGAACAUAGUCAGGUGUAGUCUGUCGUGUGGCUUCAUAAGCGAUGAGUUGUUUAUUUUUAUCGCUAUCCGUGAGUGUUUGCACGUUGGUUGGAUUUGGUCGCUUCGUGAUGGAGUUUGGUUAUUUGAAGCCAGACUACUUCAGAAUGGUUCGGAUUCAAGAGUUCAGUCGGUCAAGAGUACCAACACAGACUCCCACACGUUCCCGGAAGUCACAGGCAAGAACCCCAAGAUCAAGCAAGAUUUAAUUCGCGGAACUGCCGACUUUCAUACAGUCUGCGACUUCAAGCGAGCGUAG